AUGAGAGGAGGAGCAGUGAUGGUACUGUGCUUGGCCCUCACUGUGGCUGAGGAUGUCAAUAACGCCACCACUGCAAACCAGGAUGACUCUAGCGCCAACUCAGACUGGGGCAUUGGAUCUAUCCGAGACAGCUUCGAGACCAUAAACGGAUACUUUGACUCAUUCCUGGAGCUCCUUGGUGGCAAGAAUGGAGUCUGCCAGUACAAGUGCCGGUAUGGGAAGGCACCUUUACCAAGACCUGACUAUAAAGCCCCUGAACCAAAUGGCUGUAGCUCCUCUUUCCUUGGACUCAAGGUACCAGACACUCUCGAUUUGGGAAUACCAGCCAUGACCAAGUGUUGUAACCAGCUCGAUCUUUGCUACGACACCUGUGGAGCCAACAAGUACCGGUGUGACGCCAAGUUCCGUUGGUGCCUCUACGGAAUCUGCUCCGACCUCAAGAAAAGUUUGGGCUUUGUGUCAAAGGUUGAAGCCUGUGAAUCGGUGGCAGAUACCAUGUUCAACGCAGUCUGGACCCUGGGUUGCAAGCCUUUCAUGAACAGUCAGAGGGCAGCCUGCUUGUGCAAUGAGGAGGAAAGAGACGAGCUUUGA